AUGCAGGGCAAGGACGCCGCUCCGGAGACUUCUAAGGGCAGUGGAAAGACCGAGUCGAUGAAGGGCAAGGACGCCACUCCUGAGACUUCGAAGGGCAGUGGAAAGGCCGUGGCCUUGAAGGGCAUGGACGCCCAAAAGGGCAAGGGAAAGGCCGAGUCGCUGAAGGGCAAGGGCGGCAAGGACUCCGCCACUCCGGAGACUUCGAAGGGCAGCGGCGGGAAGGCCGAGUCCAUGAAGGGCAAGGACACCGCCAAACCGGAAGCUUCGAAGGGCAGUGGUGGGAAGGCCGAGUCGAAGAAGGGCAAGGACGCCGUCAAGCCGGAGACCUCGAAGGGCAGUGGUGGGAAGGCCGAGAAGGGCAAGGACGCCGCCGAACCGGAGACUUCGAAGGGCAGUGGUGGGAAGGCCGAGUCGUGGAAAGGCAAGGACACCGCUACUCCGAAGACUUCGAAGGGCAGUGGGAAGGCCGAGUCGUGGAAGGGCAAGGACGCCGCCAAGCCGGAGACUUCGAAGGGCAGUGGGAAGGCCGAGUCGGGCAAGGGCAAGGACACCGCUACUCCGGAGACUUCGAAGAGCAGUGGAAAGGCCGAGUCCGGCAAGGGCAAAGGCACCGCCAAUCCGGAGAAGGUUGAGUGCAGUGCCGGUCCGUCUGCUUCCAAAGGCCAGGAUGAUGGUUGGUGGGACUGGGGCUGGCCUGGAUCCUGGGCAUCGUGGUCGUCGUGGCCGUGGAAGGGUGUCUGGGAUUGGGCUUCCAAGUCCGACAACAAGGAAGCGAUCCUGGUCGAGAGCAGCAGUAGCGACGACUCAUGGGGUGAGUGGUCGUCGAAGCCAAAGCCCAAUGAUCCCCCGCAUGAAGGACGAGCUGCCGAAGCCAAGCCAUGGAAUGCAUGGCCCGAUGAUGCCAAGUGGAAUGCAUGGUCCCAUGAUCAUGAAGCCGAGUGGAAUGCAUGGCCCCGUGAAGAAGACGAGUGGAAUGCAUGGCCCCGUGAUGAAGCCGAGCAGUGGAAUGAUGGUUCGAGUGAUGCAGUCGCCGAGCCCGAGCUGAAACGAUACAAAAGCCAGCUAGGUGACAAGAAGCGCGAUCCAGUGAUUCCGGUUUCAGGACGACCGACGGAGCCUAGAUCGGAUGAAUCGACACGAUCAGGGCCAGACGCCAUCUUCGAAGGACUCCGACACGUCAUCCAGACUGAGCAGGCAGAUGACAUCGAUGUCAAUCCAGCCAAGGCUGAGAAAGACCAAAUCCGAAGCUACGACAAGCCUGAAGACAUGGAAUACCAAGAAAGAAAACGACAGCUUGCUGCUCUUGAUCGGAGAAUGAAAUCCGAUCCCGGAAGCCUACCUCCCGGGGUGCUAGCCAAAUAUCAAGAUGCCUACGGCAGCUCCACCAAGAAAUUCGAGCUUUUGAAAGCCUGGAUGCUGGACCCCACGUUUCAGUCGAUGGCAGUGGAAACCCGAUUUGUCGACGAACACUCCAAGGAGAAAGACGAUGUCUACGAGGAGUUGCCCCUCUUCGAGCUGGAAAAGAUUUAUUGCACGGAAGAGCAAAAAUUGUGGUUGAAAGAAAAGAUCGUCGAUCGUCUUCAUAUGCGGUUGCAGGACCCAUCGAACCCCCGGGCCAGGAUUUACAAGCACUACAAGUAUGGCCACGAGACAAGCAAGGACAAACAAAAGAUUGGCACGAAGACGAGCUGCAAAGCCGAUGUUGGUGAUGGUGAAGCCGGGCUUGCAGCCAGGCAACUUCUGUCGGAGAGCAUCCUCUCUGCCGGCGCCAGCUUCGAGGAUUCCCAUGCCUCAAGCAAAGGCAAGGGCAAGGGUAAGCGCAAAGGCGAGGGGAAGACGAAGCAGGCCAGGAUGACUUCAUGCAUUUCCAACACAAAACAAGUGUCUGAGGAGGAGCAAACCAGAAAGGAACUCAAGAAGGAUAUGGAUGCCAUUACUAGUUUGAUGAGCUCCAUCAGAGCCGCUUCAUUGGCUUUGAGUUCUGUGCCUCACAAUGUCGAGUUGCUGGCCCAGCUCAAAGAGGGCAUGGCGAAGAUUAAAACCCACCAGGAACAGAUCGAAACUAUGCUCUUCUCUGGGAAGUCGACAGACGAGGUGGGCGAGUACAUCACCCAGAACAAAGCUGAUUUUGAGGUUGCCCAGCGCGAUGUGGACCAUGCCCAGACCAUCCUGGAAACUCUUCGUCGCAGCCCG